AUGCCAGCGGUGACAAGCCUGGCUUUCAGACACUGCAUAGGGCUUUAUCUUCAGAGAGACUCCCUCAGCUGUGCAAAUCAGCGCAUCUCAAACCUGGCCCUCGCUGUUUCGGACAUUCCCUCAAACACCAGGGUUCUGAACAUGUCCUUCAACAUGAUCAGGGUUUUACCCGCGACAGGACUGGAAAACCUGAUGUCUUUGGAAUAUCUAAGACUUGACCAUAACCAUCUGAGCAGAAUCGAGCCAGGAGCCUUUUGGAGACUCCAUUCCCUCCGAGAACUCAAUCUGUCCCACAACUAUCUGGAGUCCCUGCAGCAAGGCGCCUUCAGAUCAUUGUCCAACCUCACCAGCUUAAUCCUGCAGUACAACAGGUUGAACAUCUCCGGAAACACUGUCCUGCCCUUGAAGAGACUCCGAGCUCUGGAUAUCUCCUUCAAUAAUUUCAGAAAUGUCUCUGCUGUGUUUGCAGCGCUAGAACGUGUUCCUGCUUUGAGAAUACUGAAUUUUCAGAGUUCCAAUAUAAGAUAUUUGGACAUUUCAACGCGUUUUCCCCCGCAAUUGAGUCAUUUACUUCUCGCCAACAAUCCAAUCUCUGGAUUCCGGGCUCCCGCCGGUUUUUUCGCCAACAUUAAAUACCUGGACUUGUCCAACUGCAGCUUCUCGCGAGCCGAGAUCUUGACCUCAAUAAACUUCACCCGCCUUCACUCCCUGAACUUCAAGCACAACCCCAUGAACCGGACCGAUGUUAUCGAAGCUGUGCAGAAGCUAAAGGCUCCACUGAGAAAUAUCACCCUGAGCAACCUGAAACUGCGAAAGAAACGUUGCAACGACUGUGCGGGACCUUGCAGAGGAGAAGAAUUCAGUCAGUUAGCCUGGAGGGCAAUAGUUUUCAGGAUAUUAAGAAACCGGACAUGUUUAUCUGUGGAGGUGCGCCCCAACAAUCUACGAACCUUAAUCCUGGAUCAUAAUAUCAUUAGAGAUGUCUCUCUGUGUGAUUUGGGCCAAAACGGAGGACAACACAACCGGAGCGCCUAUUGUCUGGGGCAACUCCGUCACCUCUCCUUCAGAUACAACCACAUCUCUGCCAUCAGGUCUCAUGCAUUCCAACACGUUCCCAACCUGGAGAGCCUCUCGUUAGCUUUGAACGAGGUCAACUUCAUCAACAUCACCGCCUUUGAGGGUCUAACUAGACUUAAGUUUCUAUCCCUCACUAACAAUGCUAUCGGAGAGGUCUUUUCCAAGACAUUCAACCACCUCAAGAACCUGGAGCACUUGAAGCUACGGAAUAACAGGAUUCCAAUUGUCUACAACGGCACUUACUCCAGACUUCCCAACCUAAUCACGCUGGAUCUGGGUGGGAAUCACAUUGAAAAGUGUGAAAAGGAAGGUUUCAAGGGACUCCCAUCGUUGGUAAACCUCUACUUGGAUAGAAACUGGUUGUCGACCAUCUCUGCGGAGAUGUUUAAGGAUUUGCAGUCCUUGCAAGUGUUAGAUCUGGCCAACAACAAGCUCUCCUUUAGGACAGAGCUCGUCCAGUUUUCUCCGUUCGUUGCGCUCCGCAAACUCCGCAUGCUGAAGCUGCCAUCACAGGAAUCUUCUGGUCUUAUGACGCUACCUCACAACCUGUUCGAUGGCCUUCAACAACUCAAGAACCUGGACAUCUCCGACAACAAGUUCACGACUCUCGACACUCUGCCCUUUCACCAGCUCAAUGAGUUGGAGGUCUUGCGGAUGAACGACAUUUACCACGGGUUCCAAACCAUGCACAACAAGACCUUUGCCAACUUGGUCAUCCUCCGGCUACUGAGGCUGGAGAACGUCGGCUUGGAAUCCAUCAGGGGGGUUCUCUUUGAAAACUUGACCAGCCUCGCCACCCUAAUGCUGAAGGGGAACAUGAUCCACGUUAUCGGGAAGGACGACAUCCCGCAACUGGGCAACCUCAGCUACCUGGACCUGCGCGAAAACCCGUUCUCUUGUGUGUGCGCCAACCUGUGGUUUCAGCAGUGGGCAGUGAAGAGUAAGGUAGAAGUUCCUCUUUUUUAUAAGUACCCAUGCGUGGGCCAAGCAGAGACGACCAAACUGUUGGCCCAGUUUGACAGAUUGGUUUGUGACAAUGGCUUUGUGGCGAUCUGCGUCACCGCGCCUGUAAUCUUCGCCUUUGUGUUGACUGCUCUGGGGUACCACAGAGGGAAGUGGGGCAUCUAUUACGGUUACUAUCUGCUCCGUGCGUGGAUUCGCGAGAAGCAGCUCCAGAAGUCGCACACUCGAGGCCACCAGUACGAUGCUUUCGUGUCGUACAACUCCAAGGAUGAAGAGUGGGUGCUUGACCAACUGAUCAAACACUCGGAAACCGAGGGACCCCCGUUUCACCGCCUUUGCUUGCACCACAGGGAUUUCGCAGUCGGAAAACCCAUUGUGGAAAGCAUCGUUGACGCCAUAUACAACAGCAAAAAGACUCUCUGCGUCAUCUCCAAGAAUUAUCUUCAAAGCGAGUGGUGCUCAAUGGAAAUGCAGGUGGCUUUGUACAGGCUCUUCGAUGAACGCAGUGAUGUCCUCAUCCUGGUCUUUCUGGGUGAGAUCCCGAGCUAUGUGUUGUCCUCUUACCACCACGUCCGGAAGCUGCUGAGGACGAAGACCUAUAUCAAGUGGCCCUCAGAUGAUGCAGGUCAGAAACUAUUUUGGACCAAGUUAAGGGAUGCUCUCAAGGGAGACUGCCCAUCGUACGGAGAACAAGCCCAUCCACUUAUUAAGCACGCAAGCUUACUGUACUAA